UCUAACUGAGCAUUAGUUACAUCUCCUUGCCGACGGUAUGGAUCCAUCAGACUUCAGAAAGGUGGGGCUAGCUCUAGGAUUCACUGAGGCUCAACUAAGUCGGUUUGAGAGAGAUAACACUAGCAACAUCAUGGGAGCUACGUAUAAGAUGCUUUGCGAAUGGCUAAAGAGAGUGCGAGAUGAUGAAGCGAGGGAGAAACUAUCCAACAAGUUAAAAGACAUCAAACUGGUACAGCUUGCCGAUAGUGUACUGAAAGGUCAGGUUGGUGAUCACAUACCCUCAAUGACAGAAGAGGAAUUCCAAAAUGUCAUCAAAGCGGUCAAAGAAUAUUCUUUAAUUCACCACUGUCAGAUUCCAGCAGAUCCACUGAACAGCGCCGUUUUAUUCAAGUUUGAUGAGAUCUUCACCAACCUAAUGUUGAUGGAAGAAAACAAGAGGACAACAAGUAAGGCACCGCUACUCUACGCUGACUUGCUCAAGACUAAAGUCAACGAAGUUCUUCCUAAACGGUUGCUGGUUGAAGGUGAAGGAGGUGUGGGGAAGACAACUCUUUGUGCAAAGAUCGUUUGGGACUGGAUUCAUGGAGCAAGUUACAUGUACCAGGAAUUCAAAUUGGUACUUCUCGUCCUUCUUCGUGACGUUAAUGAUAGGACUAUUGGAGAGAUAAUAAAGUCUUACCUCCCAGACGACAUUGAGAUUACAGCCAUGCAACUGAACAAACAUAUCUUCUCCCACCAGAAAGACGUCUUUCUUGUUCUGGACGGCCUAGACGAGUUAGCUGGGGAUCUAAACAACCCUCACCAGAUCGCCUUGAUCAUCUUAAAUCGGCUGUUCAAGUCAGGGAGAGUGCUAAUUACAUCAAGAGGAUGGAAAUCAGAUGAGAUACGGGAGAUUAGUGAGCUUAGAAAGCUCUAUGCUUUCAUUGCAGUCGAAGGUUUUUCUGCUAAAAAUCUGUCUGCCUACAUCACUAAGUUCUUCCAUACAGACACAACUUCGGCUGAAGAUUUGAAUCGAUUCAUAUCAAACAACGGUGUGAUCAGAGAGAACAUGGCCCCAUUUCCAAUAUACACAGUAAUGCUGUGCAUCAUGUGGAAAGAAUUUGAUGGUGAACGCCGUGUUGCAAUGUCCAAACUGCAAACAUUUUCCCAACUGUUUGAUGAGAUGGUCCGCUUCUUAGUAGAUCAUUAUCUUUCAAAGCUCCAUAUGUCUGCAAGUGAUAAUGGUGGAGAAGUGGAUCGAGAACGAAAGGUAAUCCUAUGUCAUCUAUCCAAUAUUGGUUGCCUUGCCUUGCAUGGGCUCAAGCAGAGGAGGCUAGUGUUCACUGAAGAGGAAUUCCAGACCUGGCCGGGUUCUGUGGAUACAGGUUGCCAAGUCGGAGUACUCACUAAACAAACGCAAACCCUUUCACGGAGAGAGAGAAGACACCAUUCUCAUUCUUCAGUCUCAUCUGUCCAGUUCCCUCAUAAGCUGUUUCAGGAGUAUCUAGCAGGAAUGUAUCUCACAUCUCUUCACAACUCAAACAGAAGCGAGUACGACAGGUUGAUGAAGGAUAUAAUCGAAAAAGCAAGGGAAUUCCGUGAGAUUCUGUACUUCACCUCGGCCCAACAGAAGGAGGUCGGAUUGGAUAUCAUAACUCGUCUCACAGCAUCAGCGCAUGGGCGUAACGAUGAUGACUUCAUUGUUGAUGUAGCAUAUGAGAGUCAAGACCAAACAGUGGCUAAAGAUGUGGCAGAUCAUCUAUUGACUUCAUCCAGCAAGACACUUGUGAUCGGGGAAGAGAUGCCGGCGCACACAGAAGCGGGACAUAUCUUCAUCAUGAAUCAUCGCAAAGUGGCAUGUGAAAAGACUGCUUCAGAGGACCUGGCUGACUUCAGGUGCUCCUCAAACACUCUGAGAUCAGCAUGGAUCGCUAUCUCCUCGGGCCAAGGAGAGGAUAUGCAUGAUAAUUUAUCCGCGGUGCUUGCUCAUAACGCCACUCAUUCGAAAAUUGAGUGUCUUGAGAUAAAGUACAUCGAUCUCAGUCAACGUCUGUCCUCAUCACGUGAUCUCGCUCAGUUCAUUUGUAAGAUGCCUCAUCUCAGGAAACUUUGUCUCGGUGGCGAAUAUAGAGACACAAAUCCCUCACUUCAUGAAGAGUUCUAUUCAACGUUAUCAUCCUUAGCAUCAUCCGCAAAGAUUGAGCGUCUUAAUAUCAUAUGUGUUGAUCUCAGUCAACGUCUGUCUGCAUCACGUGAUCUCGCUCAGUUCAUUUGUAAGAUGCCUAAUCUCAGGGAACUUCAUCUCGGUGGUAUAUAUGGAACCACCCGUCCCCCACUUCAUGAAGAGUUCUAUUCAACGUUAUCUUCCUUAGCAUCAACCGUAAAGAUUGAGCGUCUUGAUAUCAAGUGCAUUGAUCUCAGUCAACGUCUGUCUGCAUCACGUGAUCUCGCUCAGUUCAUUUGUAAGAUGCCUAAUCUCAGGGAACUUCAUCUCGGUGAUAAAGUAGGACUCACCCGUCCCUUACUUCAUGAAGAGUUCUAUUCAACGUUAUCAUCCUUAGCAUCAUCCGCAAAGAUUGAGAUUCUUCAUCUCAGUGAGGAUCUCAGUGAACGUCCGUCUGCAUCACGUGAUCUCGCUCAGUUCAUCUGUAAGAUGAAUCAUCUGGAGAAGCUCACACUCUCCGGUCAGUAUCAUGAUGACUUCUACUCAACAUCAUUGUCGAUGGCAUCAACUGCGAAGCAAACAGACACUCUUGAUCUCUAUGCUGAUCCCAGUGAACGUCCGCCUGCAUUACGUCACCUCGCUCAGUUCCUUUGUACAUGUUGUAAGAUGAAUCAGCGUCAUGAUGACUUCUACUCUUCAUCACCAUCGAUGGCCUUGACUGCAAAGGAUGAAUGCAACACGAGUUCGACUGUGAAGGAUCUGACAGUUUUUAACAGGACAUUAGAAGGAUGGCAGGAUUGUGGUUCGAUGUUUGACAGUGUGAAGAGGUUCACCAUAGAGGUACGGCGCACGAUCAGAUGUGACGUCAUCCAGAGGAUCCAUCUACCAGCAGUGACAGAGCUCACCAUUCAAACACAUGAGUAUGCUCGUUGGCCGGCUUCUCUCUACGGUGAUCCCACUUCACUACCCAAUACUCUUCUCCAGGUCUCAUCUCAUCUUGUCAAGGUCACAUUCAGAGAUCUCAACAUCGGUAACAAUCAGACCGAACGCAUCAUUCAAGCUUUCAGAUCAACACACGAUCUCAAAAAUCUGAGGAUCCUGGGGUUCAUAAGAUGUGGGACUGAUGAGAUAUUAGAUCGUUCUAUUAUUGAUUCCGAUGAUGAACAUAAGAUAACAGUGGAGAUAAUACAUGGCAAACCAGUGGGUAAGUUCUUUAUAAGAUGAAGUUGUGGCAUCAAGAUCAUGAAGAAUCAGACGAUCCUAAUAGUGGCAGCCAACAUGAAAAACAGGGUUCUUUUGCUUCGGUUACCGGACAGUAUCUGGAAUAGUUUUAGAGGUAGAGAGAUGCUCCCGCUCUCGAUCAGUUAGUUUGCCAUUGUCAUGACCUACCAUGACGUAAUGACCUACCAUGACGUCAUGACAUACCAUGACGUAAUGACCAACAUGCAUGGGCAUUAAAAAAUGAAAAUAGAUUAACAAAAAUGAUAUCAUUCUUUGGUCUCCGUAGACUCUGUCUUGGGAAAUUUAGGACAAUCAUGUUUGGAGCCAGUACAUGUAGUUCUAAAACAUUUGCUCCGUCGACAUGCUCCGAUGCAAAAUCUGCAUGUUACGCCAACCAUGUAACAUAACCUGCAGAAUUGUUUAAGCCCUCAUCGUUAUCUUUUCGUUAGUUUGAACCAAAAACUAUUAUACAAUCCUCUGACCCUAUGCCCUCUGAGAUAUUGAGACCGGAGUAAAUGUCGCAUGCAGGAGCAAAUGUUGUUUACCCGUUUAUUUAAGCGAUCCGUCGAUUUUUUUUUGUUCAUAGCCAUAGUUUGAUAAUGGGAUAGGUCAUGCACUGGACAAGAUGCUCUACGGUGAACGGUCCUGUGCAGAGAGUAUGAGCUAAAGUCCGCCCCAACGAAAAAGGGCAUAUCAAUGAGAAAAAAAACCAAACAAUAUAAGACGCUGAAAAUUCGUGUAAACUGUGAUAUGAAAGAAAACAUUUGACAUUUCAAAGUUUUUGUUUUAUUUCAUUCAUUUUUUAUUUCCAACAUAUUUUAUUUUUCUUCGUAAAAUAUUACAUAAUAUACAAGCAAUAAAACAGCAUAUUUUUCGUACAAAAAUUUUAGUUACGAUAAUAAUACGAGCAGGUUUGAAAUGGAGGAGGCUGCUAAAAAGAAUAGCUUGUAGGGUGCAGCCUCCUCGUAAAAAAGUUCUUGUAUAUAGUAUAUACCAAAACAAAAAAAACACACAAAACGACAACUUGAGCAU